AUGAGGGCCGCCUCAGAUUCCUUUUUGUCCUACAUUUCUCCGGAUCGUGUUUUCGGUUUGUUCCUGUUCUCUCCGCAACUCAAACCUCUCUCUCAAGACUUCUGUACACUAUCUUUACUCAUCAGCGAUCCGAUGGCUGACGUCUAUUACGCGUUGAAUGGCGGUGGCUCGACAGGCUCCCCUCCUGACCCCGCAAUCACAGAGCCACCAGAAGCUUACAACAGAGACAUCCUCAAGCGACAGAAUGCAGGCACUUAUGAUGUUUGUGGCUACUAUUCUAUCCCCGGGCAGUUCUGGGUCGUGAACUACUGCUAUUACUCUGGCGUGACAACGACGACCUGUGCAACCAGCAGUAGUCACAUUGGAUGUGAUGGAUACAUCAAGACAAGAUGCUUUACUUCGUUGACUUGCACUUCCACGUCAUCGGAUGAGCUAUGCUGUCCUUCGGGAUGCGUGACUGCGAUUUCGACUGAUAGUGACGGUGAUGAGCUUACUCUCUACCCGUUUUGUACGACAAAGGAUAUGGAAGUGGCCAUGUACAGGGAGCUGGAGGGUGUCUCGGCUAGCAUCGAAACGUCGUCUAUAGAGUCUACUUCUGAGCCUACGACUUCAGAUGGCGACUUGACCGCAAAAACAGGAACGACAGGAGAGAGCAACACCCAAGAGACCACCUCAUCUACCGAAUCGAGUUCGUCAUCUGAACCAGACUCAUCUUCAAACUCUUCUGCCCCUGUAGGAGCCAUUGUGGGCGGUGUUCUUGGGGGGCUUGCUUUACUCGCCUUGAUUGGUUUUGGUCUCUGGUUCAUACGCCACAAAAAGCGUCAAUCAGGUACUGGAUCUCAUGCGGCCGCGACAAUCGAUCAGCCUCCAGUCGUCCCCUAUUAUCAACAACAGCCUGUCACCCACGCCCAGGGUGAGGCGAACUAUCAGCCUCUGGUGUCGGGUAUCUCGCCCGAGCCAAAGGCGUACUCGCCUUCUUCUAACACGCGGUAUUCAGCCUUGAAUGAGCUUCAAACUUUCCAUCACGAUAGCACGAAUCCAGCUGGAUAUCGCUGA